AACCACAUCACAGUUUUAGUCGAAACUUUCCUGCCGAGAACUGAAGAUGCAGAAGAAUAUUGAAAACCUGCAUUUCGACAGAAGCGGCUCCACCCUGUAGUGCAAAUCAGGUGACAGCCCCCUUAUAUCCAGCUGACGCACUAUUUGCACGCUUUGUUUCUUUUGACAGACGACGGGGAACAACAGAUCUUGCUGCUAUUGAAUCUUUUUGUUCCUUUAUUCAAUAAUGUCAGAAAUAGAAUGGCCUUGGCAAUACAGUUUUCCGCCGUUCUUCACAAUACAGCCUCAUGCUGAAACUAAGGCGAGGCAACUAAAGGCUUGGCACACCCUGGUGUUAAAUUACUUUAAGGCAAACAAUCUAAGCUCAUUGGAUAUCCGAGAGGCUCAUCAAUCUAGUUUGUUCAACAAUAGCAGUAUUGACCGCAAGCUUCCACCGGAGGGAAUUCUCCUUGUACUGGAAGAUUUACAGAAAUCAGGCAAUGCCACACCUUUAGAUAAGACUCGGAACAGAUGGCUAGUGUAUUGGCAUACCCUAGAGGAAUGGGCAGCUAUCAUCUAUAGUUGGGCUCAGGCUAAUGGAUUUUUAAAUACUGUCUGCACAUUUUUUGAACUUGUCUCUGGAGAUGACACAAAUGAACAAGAAUUCCAUGGACUUGAUGAGGAAGUUUUACUUAGAGCAAUCCAAGUUCUUGAGACUCAAAAGAAGGCAGAAGUUAUACCUAUUGAUGACAGUCAUGGCGUUAAAUUCUUUUAAAUAUAUCUGUUACUGAAGGGAGCUGGAAAAAAUUACCUGAACAAAUAUACUUGAACACAAUUAAUUUUGGUGACAUUGAUUCAUGCUGAAAGCAUUAGGCCUCUGUUAUUUUUUUCAUUUAUUGCAUACAUUUGUAUAUACUGAUAAGUAAAGUCCAUUCUUGUUUUA